UUUUCUCCUCCUUUCUCCUGCGGCGUUUCGUGCCCUCACCGUCUGGAGGGAAGCUUGGGCGGCGCCUGGUGAGGCUUUGUUCGCCACGAUCCGAUUCCGAGGAUCAUGAAAUUUGGAUCGAGCAUUUUUUAGGCUUUUUAGCCUUCGUUCUGUGCCGUGGUAGUCGGAUCGGCUCUCCCGUGGCCCCGGUUGUCGCCGUUUAGCGUCGGAUUAACUCAAGCAUGGCACCUCUGUUUCCUAUCUGUCCAUCCUUGUGAAGACGGUAAAGAUCCCCUAACUCCUAAUAUCUGACCAAAUACUCUGUUCGGCUUCUAAAUUAGAUUCUUACAUAUAAAUUCCACUUUUUAUCAUCGUAUACAUUGUUCUGCAAACAUGGUCGAUUUUGCGUCUUUAGAGAAGGUUUUGAAUCUGAUAAAGCAUGAACUUAGGGUUAAUUCGUCUUCAUCUGUUCUUAAUGUGAAUAUACACGAGGCAACAGGAACUUGGGGUAGCUCUGAGAUGCAAGGUAUGGCAAUUUAUUUCCCCCUCUGCAUUGAAGACUAUUAUUUCAAUUGGUUGGGGUACAAGGAUAAUCAUUUUCCAGUUGCUUACAUAGGAUUUUGAUGUAAUUGACAUUCGACUAUGAGUUGUGAAUUUCAAUGGAGGGAAUGCACUCAUAGGCCCCAGCUUAAUUUGGUUAGAUAAAGCUGUCAAAUGACUUGUUUUUGGAGGGUCAGGCACCCAUGUAGGGCUCAUAUAUGUGUAAUUCACUAAUCCUUGUACUUUUAUUUAUACCUCCAAGAUUACAUAUCUCUCUCUAUUUGGAAAACAAUGUUUUGGAACUGCAGUUAUUGAAACAUAUCAUGCACCAUAUAUAAGAAAAUAUAGGACCUAAAUAUGACAGAUUAGUUGUGAGUUGUGACAAGAUACCUGAGGCAUGUUUUUGUGUUUCUUGUAGGAGUAGAUAUUUUUGCAUCAUUUGAUCUUUGUGAAGUCCUAUAUUUAUGGGAACCCAUCCCUCCCCCCACAUAAAUAAUUCAAUACUAAAAGUCUAAAAGUAAUAUAAUUUUGCUCCUUUGAGACUUUGUUUGAAAUCUUGCCAUCUUCUAUGGUAUGUAAUUAAAAAUAGGAGUUUUACUUUGCUUAUAUGCAUUCAUUUUGUAGCUUCUUGAUAUUCUUUGCAUCAUUUGAUCUUUUCCACCCUUCCAUUUUAAAAAACGGAGUAUGAAUCUUCUAUGCAAUAUUUGCAGGGGUCUGUGGAUGUAUUACAUAAGAUCUGAAGAAGCCUGUGGAGCCAAUGAUUUCUGCCCCACGUAUCCUUUAGACAUACCAUGUUGUUUCAUUUCUGUUUAAAUCCAUCCACAUUUUGUUUCAUUGACAACUAUCCUCAGUAAAGUACAUGAUUUAGCACUCUAUCUCCUUUAUUUAUGAUUGUAUUAAAUUGUUUAAUUGUUGAUAGUUGUGAGCCAUUUUCUAAAAUUCCAUGGGUUGAUUAUGAUGGGCCAUUUUCUGAGAUUGUCUGCUAGGCCAUUGCCUUGUUGAAGGAGAUGAUUUUUUCAUUUCUUAGUUAAUGUGUGAAGCUCUGGGGAAAUUGUGAAAUUUU